AAUGGCCGUAACCACAGUCACUACCGAUGUCGACCGCGAUCCUGUUAUGCUCAAAUUGAUGCAUGGCAAGUCGGCAGAGGAGCGCAAUGCUUUCCUGUCUAUGCUGAAGAAGGAUCACAACACACACAAGACCGUCACCAGAGACUACGUCAACGCAUGGGAGACCAACGGUGUCGCCCGCGACGACGAAGCAGCGCGAGACGACCGGAAGAGCAAGUACAUGUCUUUGGUGAACAACUACUACGAUCUCGUCACGGACUUGUACGAAGAGGGCUGGGCGCAGUCCUUCCACCUCUGCAGCUUUGCGCCAGACGAAUCGCUCUUGCAAGCUUUGGCCCGCCAUGAGCACUACCUCGCCCACCGCAUCGGCCUGACCAAGGACAUGACUGUGCUGGACGUCGGCUGUGGUGUCGGUAAACCAGCACGAGAGAUCGCCACAUUCACCGGCUGUAACGUGGUCGGCUUGAACAACAACGCAUAUCAGAUUGAGAGGGCAACAAGCCACGCCGCCAGAGAGAAGCUAUCACACAAAGUGUCAUUCGUCAAGGGCAACUUCAUGGAAAUUAACUUCCCCGAAAACACCUUCGACGCCGUAUAUGCCAUCGAGGCAACCUGCCACGCUCCAACAUUGGAAGGCGUCUACUCGCAAAUCUACCGUGUCUUGAAGCCAGGCGGAACCUUUGGCGUUUACGAGUGGGUCAUGACGGACAAGUACAACCCCAAGGAUCCCGAGCAUCAAGCGAUCCGACUGGGAAUCGAGCGCGGCAACGGCAUCUCCAACAUGGUUCCAGCCAAAGAGGCGUACGGAGCCAUGAUCAAGGCGGGCUUCGUAGUUGAGGAGCGUGAGGAUCUGGCUGAGCGUGCGGACUGGAAGCCGUGGUAUGCACCACUGGCGGGCAACCUCGCCGGCUCGCGCAACAUCACCGACUUCUUAGGCUACCUUCGCAUGACACAUGUCGGUCGAUAUGGCAUUGGAUGUUUGUUGCGAUCGCUGGAGUUUGUCGGUCUUGCGCCGUCGGGGACCGCGACUACGGCGGCAGAGUUGUCGGAUGGAGGCGAUGCGCUCGUGGCCGGAGGCAAGCACGGUCUCUUUACGCCAAUGUACCUGAUGAUUGGCAAGAAGCCUGUCGCCUGAGGUCAGAUCAGUGGUGGACUUUGGGAAGAUUGAGGAAGCAUUGGAUGCUGAUAAUGACUCGCGAGAGGACACCUCAUAUAGAUGUGUGAAUGUUACUUCCGACCAUGUUGACAUGGACCAGAGUGAGCCAUGCUGGGUC